AUGCUGCCGUACCUGUUCCCUGAGCUGUCCACCUUUACUACAGUCGCCGAUCUUAUCACCCACCUUCGCACUAGUGAUGCUCGCCUGCGUGCCGCCCUUCCCACCGAGUUCUGCGCUAAGAACCCCCCUCCACUGUACUGGACACUCCACUUCAUAGUCACCCGUCUCCCUGACACCCUCAGCUCAGUUCGAGACCACUUCCUUGCUCGCUGUCCCACUGAGCUCACAGUCGCCCUCCUAGAGGAGCAGCUGCUAGCGGCCGAAAAGAGCAUUGUCGCUGUCGGUGCUGCUCGUGGUGCUCCUCGCACCCCCAUCUUUGAGGGGUGUUCUCCCUCUCCCCUCGCUCCCUCCUACGCUACUGCUGCUGCUGUUGACUUCCUUGGUGCUGAGUCUGCUGGCGCUGCUUCUGCUCCUGGUGGGAGGCGCCGCACCGGCAAGGGCAAGGGGGGCAAGGGUGGCGGGGGUGGCGCUGGGGGGGGAGGAGGUGGGGGAGGUGGGGGGGGAGGCGGUGCUGGAGGGAGCGGUGGCGGGAGUGCUGGUGGGAGUGGGGUCGGCAGCGGAGGCGGGGGCGGCGGAGGGAGCGGUGGCGGUGGUGGCGGCGGCGGCGGUGGCGGCGGCGGCGGCGGUGGCGGUGGCGGCGGUGGCGGUCGGAGCGGUGGUAGUGGUGGCGGUGGAGGCGGAGGUCGGAGUGGAGGCACUGGCUCGGCCCAGAGCUCCCAGCAGCAGCAGCGUCCCCAGACGACCCAGCAACUUCGUGAGUGGCUUGCUCAGCGUGGGACGUCGGGGGGCAGUGGCCGCUGUUCCUAUGUCAUUCGCACAGGUGACCGCAAGGGACAGACGUGUGGGAGGUUCCACACCCCGUACCGCUGCUUCUCCCGCCUUGACGACGCUUGGCGUGAGGAGAUGGGCGAGGAUGUUGAGCGCCCCCGCUGGGCUGAACUCAUGAGGGCUGGUGUUGAUAUCUUUGCUCUUGACUAUGAUGCUAUUAUUGCUGCCAUUGCUGUCCCGACUGUUUGCGAGUCUGCUCUCUCAGGUACAGCACCCACAGAGACUGCUCUCUCAGGUACCGCACCGGCUGAGGCCUGUCACACCUUCACCCUUGACUCAGUCCUUGCCCAGUCCACCACUGUGCUCCCUUGUCCGGCGGUUCCGUCUGGCUCGUUGUCGGGUUUCCACCUCCCCUCGUUCUCGACGAACCUGGUGAGCAACGCUGUCAUCCAGGAUCAGUGGGUUGACACCUUUACCCCUGGAGGACAGCGUGUGGCGAUCUGCACGUGCUCCAGGACCGGCCGCCACCUGGCUACGUUUACCCGUCGGCCGGGGUCGAGUCUCUACACACUGACCACUGCGUCUCCUCAGGUCGCUGCUGUCGGUCAGGUGUCCGCGUCAGGUCUGGUGGCCCACACCUGUGAGUGUCGUUCCCUGUCGCACCAGACUCUUCUCUGGCACCACCGCCUGGGUCACCCCUCCUUGCCACGCCUCCGUGGCAUGCACCGUAGCCGCCUUGUGUCUGGUCUUCCCAGGUCCCUCCCUCCCCUCCCUGCCUCGCCUGCGCCGCCUUGCCUUCCUUGCGUCGAGGGGCGGCAGCGCGCCGCUCCUCACUCCUCCUCGUUCCCCCCGACAGAGGCUCCUCUGCAGACCCUCCACCUGGACGUGUGGGGCCCGGCCCGCGUCCGUGGACAGGGCGGUGAGCGGUACUUUUUGCUGGUUGUCGACGACUACUCGCGUUACACCACGGUCUUCCCCUUGCGCGCCAAGGGUGAGGUCCCUGCUGUUCUAAUCCCUUGGAUCCGCACAGUUCGUCUCCAGCUCCGCCGCCGUUUCCGGACGGAUCUCCCUGUCCUGCGUCUGCACUCUGACAGAGGUGGUGAGUUUUCCUCCGAUCUCUUGAGGACCUUCUGUCAGGCGGAGGGCAUCGAGCAGACCUUCACGCUUCCGGACUCCCCACAGCAGAAUGGGGUUGCUGAGCGCCGCAUUGGCCUGGUCAUGGAGGUCGCUCGUACCUCCUUGGUCCACGCGGCGGCUCCCCAUUUUCUGUGGCCGUUUGCUGUCCGGUACGCCGCGCAUCAGCUCAACCUCUGGCCCCGUGUCUCCUUGCCGGAGACCUCGCCCACACUGCGUUGGACGGGGGAGGUUGGCGAUGCGUCGCGCUUCCGGGUGUGGGGUGCUCGUGCCCUUGUCCGCGAUACGUCCGCGGACAAGCUCUCCUCCCGCACACUUCCCUGUGUCUUCCUUGGCUUUGUCCCUGACGCGCCGGGCUGGCAGUUUUACCACCCCACCUCGCGCCGGGUCUUCGCCUCUCAGGACGUCACCUUUGACGAGUCGGUCCCUUUUUACCGUCUCUUCCCCUACCGCACUGCCCCCCUCCCUCCCCCGCCGCUUUUCCUUGCUCCUGGUCCCCCUCCGGUAGACCCCCUUCCCCCUCAGGGUCCUGCUCCUUCAGGUGUUUCUCAGGUAGACCCUCCUCCCGUCGCUGAGCCUGUCGAGGUCACAGGUGACUCAGGUGCUGCUGCAGGUGGUGCUGCUGGGAGUGCUGAGCCUGGGGGUGCUGAGCCUGCGGGUGCUGGGCCUGGGAGUGCUGGGACUGCGGGUGCUGGAGCUGAGGGUACUGUGCCUGAGAGUUCGGCGCCUGGGGGUGCUGAGCCUGGGGGUGCUGCGUCUGGGGGUGCUGAGCCUGCGUGUGCGGAGUCUGGGGGUGCUGAGUCUGGGGGUGCUGCGCCUGCGGGUACUGAGCCUGGGGGUGCUGCUACUGAGCCUACGGAGCCUCGGGUUGCUGCGUCUGGGGGUGCUCCGGUUCGGGGUGCUGAGCAGUCUCUCACACCGCAGCAGCUUCGUGACUGGUACGUCCGGCGCUUUCGCCGUCCUAGUGGCUCGACUGGAGUUUGGGGUGCUGGAGCUGCUCGUCCUGGGGGUGCUCGUACUGGGGGUACUGGAGCUGCCGGGACUGGUUGUUCUGGGAGCACUACGACUGGAGCUGCUGGAGCUGGGGACUCUGGAGCUGGCGGUACUAGCGGAGUUGGAGCUGCCGACUCUGGGGGUGCUCUUCCUAGCGGUGCUGCGGACCCUGGGGGUGGCGCUGCUGCUGGUGCUGCGGACCCACCUGGUGGAGCUGCUGCUGGAGCUGAGGACCCGAGCGGUGGCGCUGCUGCUGGUGCUGGGGACCCGGACGUUGGAGCUCCUGCUGGUACUGAGGACCCGGCCGCUGGAGUCUCUUCUGCUUCUGGAGACGCUGCGCGGCCGCGGCCGUACUUCUCACAGUUACCGCCUACCUCGCCUCUCCCUGCUCCCUCUCCUUACACUGGUCCCACAGGAGGUCUUACAGAGCGUCGUGAGCCUGAGUCUCGUCCUGCGUCGCCUGUUCGCACUGCUCGCACUGGUCGUCGUGUCCGUCCUACUGUUGUCACUGACCCUACCUUUGAGUCCUCAGCUGCGUCUGCUCUAGUCGCUGAGUUGGUUGACUUUGCUGCUGCCUGUCGUCUAGACUACGCUGCUCGCCUUGUUGCUGAGUCUGCGUCUGCGUCUGUCUGUCCUCCGUCCGUCGGGGGUGAGUGUGCUCUUGGCACGGACGUCCUUGAGGACAGGCAGGAGGACUUUGACUCUCUCGCGGCUGCUGUACCUCAUCUCGUGGCCUGGUUGCUUGCCCCUGAGGGAGACCCGGAUGCACUAGACAUCCCCACUCCGCGCACUUACGCAGAGGCGAUCUCGGGUCCCUACUCCUCUCAGUGGCAGACAGCCAUGGACGCAGAGAUGGCAUCCUGGAAGUCCACAGGCACCUACGUCGACGAGGUUCCCCCUCCUGGGGCGAACAUCGUCGAUGGCAUGUGGAUUUUCAGGGUGAAGCGGCCGCCAGGUUCUCCGCCUAUCUUCAAGGCUCGUUACGUUGCUAGAGGUUUCAGUCAGCGUCAGGGGGUUGACUUCUUCCAGACCUUCUCCCCCACCCCGAAGAUGACCACUCUUCGGGUUCUGCUACACGUUGCUGCUCAGCGUGACUACGAGCUUCACUCUCUUGACUUCAGCACAGCGUUCCUGCAGGGCAGCCUGCACGAGGAGAUCUGGCUGCGCCGCCCACCUGGCUUUACUGGGUCGUUUCCUCCUGGUACCCAGUGGAGCCUCCGCCGGCCAGUCUACGACACGUCGCUGCCGCCGUUCUACAUUCUCGUGUACGUCGACGACUUGGUCUUUGCUACUGCUGACACUGAGGCACUCGCUCGUGUGAAGUCGGAGCUGCAGAAGAGACACACCUGCACUGACCUGGGUGAACUGCGUAGCUACCUUGGCUUGCAGAUCACCCGGGACAGAGCUCGCCGCACCAUCACCCUGACUCAGUCACACAUGGUGCAGCAGGUCCUUCAGCGCUUCGGCUUCCAGUUCUCCUCACCACAGGCCACACCUCUGGCUACCAGCCACUCGCUCUCAGCUCCACCUUCGGACGAGUCCGUAGAGCCGAGUGGCCCGUACCCAGAGCUUGUAGGCUGCCUCAUGUACCUGAUGACUUGCACGCGACCUGACCUCGCGUACCCUCUUAGCAUCCUUGCUCGUUACGUUGCACCUGGGAGACACAGGCGAGAGCACUGGGAGGCUGCUAAGAGGGUACUGCGUUACUUGUGCAGUACAUCAGGCAUGGGGCUGGUGCUUGGAGGACACGACAGAGUUGUCCUCACUGGUCACUCGGACGCUUCUUGGGUGGACGACCUGGCUACGCAGCGGUCGUCACAGGGUUACACCUUCAGCCUUGGCUCUGGUUCUGUCUCGUGGCGGUCCACCCGCUCUUCCUCUGUUCUCGGCUCUAGUUGUGAGGCUGAGAUCUACGCGACAGCCAUGGCUGCACAGGAGUUACGCUGGCUCACCUACCUGCUGACUGACUUGGGAGAGCGGCCUAGUUCUCCUCCAGUUCUGUACGGUGACAACAAGGCGGCCCUUGCCUUGUGUGAGGAGCACAGACUGGAGCACAGGACGAAGCACAUUGCUCUUCGCUACUUUCUUGCUCGAGAGCUUCAGCAGCGCGGUCAGCUUCGGCUUGUGUACGUGGACUCGAAGGCCAAUACUGCUGAUAUCUUCACCAAGGCGCUCCCGCCUAGUGAUCAUCAGCGACACUGUACUUCUUUAGGCCUUGUGUCCACGUUUCCUCACUUGCUCACUGCUUGA